AUGCGGUAUUGCGCCCGAAUAGCGGCACUUCUAAUAUGGUUCUGCCUGCUGGCACUCGGCAGCACCCGACUAGAUGGGUUCCGCCACAAACUGCCGGCCGAUGUUGAGAAGGCCAAGGCGCAGAUCAUGGAGGUGAGGAGAAUCUUCGGGCUGGUGGAAUUCCCAUGGACUAUCAGUGCCGUUGAUGGAGAUGAACGACUUUACCAAAAAGGCGUCAAACUCAUCCCCAACAUCUUGAGGACAUACCAGGAAUUCUGGGUGGAUCGUUGCCCCGAUCCGAUCACCCAGGAACAGGCAAAGAUUUGGGUAUCACAUAGCGCAUUUGUGCUGGAUGCUUACCUGGAAUGGGAACGAGGAAACUUAACCGGAAAACCAUUUCCCUACGAAGAGGUCGACGGAUUUUUGAGACGAUUUCGCAACAUCUACGAAUCCAUGCAAAGUCCAGAACUGUUUGACGUGAAGUCGUUGAACAUCACCAAGCUGAAGAAGGGAUCUGCAAACGCCUCGUUUGAAGGAUUAUUCGAGCAAAUGGAAACGCAGCACGGUCCAUUAAAUGAUACAUCCUUGAACGGGUGCUACUGGACACAACACAUCCUGGACAGCAAUUUCCGCAUGGAUGUGGCCUGGUCGGCCAUCGACAAGAUCCAAUAUGAUCUCAUGGUUUUGGAGCGCGCGAUGAACAUCUAUCUGAAUAAAACUGGGAUCGGGGAGGUCGAUGCAUUCUACCAGAUUUUCGAUAAAAUAUCUGAGCUCGGGCGGCGAUCAUUGGCGAAAGUCAAGGCUCGGGUCAACGAUUUGAAGAGGAUCUUCGGGUUGGAAGAGUGGCCAUACCUCAAGAAUUUGUCUGGAGACAAACAUCUCUACGAUAAAGGCAUCAAACUGAUUCCCGGCAUCCUGGAGGCAUACGAAGAUCUAUACGUUGAUCGAUGCCCCAACCCCAUCACCAGGGAAGAAGCGAGGAUCUGGGCGAAACAUAGGGCAUUCGUGCUGGAUGCUUAUGUGGCAUGGAGUCGAGGCGAUUCGACCGGAAAACCAUUUCCCUCCGACAAAGUCGACGCGUUUUUCCAACAGUUUCGCGACAUCUACGACGUGAUGCCAAACCCAGAGUUGUUCCAUGUGAAGUCGUUGAACAUCACCGAACUCGACAUGGGGUCCGCUGAGGCUUCUUUUGAGGCAUUAUUCGACAAAAUGGAGGAUGAGAACUUUGACGGUCCGAUAAAUGCUGCAGAAGUCCAUCGCUGCUACUGGAGGCAACUGAUUUUUGACAACAAAUUCGACAUUACGGCCAUCUGGCCGCAGGUCCAAAAAAUGGGGCCCGAGUGGAUGGCGCUGUCAAUCAUCUCAUUCGUCUCUCAUAAUCACACCACCGAUGAUCUGCACGAAUUAUGGGGGGAAGUAGCUGAGCUUCAAUGGUCGACUAGGUCGAAUCAACAACAGUACAUUGACCAUUCAUUGGAGGAUGCGGUAUUCCACCGGAAUAUCAGCACUUCCAAUAUGGAUUUGCCUGCUGGCAGUCGGCAGCUCCAUUACCGUGCACAGAGGGCAAGGGCACGAAUCAGAGAUGUGAGGAAAAUCUUUGGGCUCCAGGGCAGCGGCUACGGCUGGGUACAAGUCGGUGGAGAUGAACGACUUUACGAGAAGGGCGUCAACCUCAUCCCGGACAUCGUGAGGAUCCACCAAGAAUUUUAUGUGAAUCGAUGCCCAGAUCCAAUCCCUCAAGAAGAAGCAAAGAUUUGGGUAUCGCAAAGAGCAUUUGUGCUGGAUGCUUAUCUGGAAUGGGAACGAGGAAACUUAACCGGAAAACCGUUUCCAUACGAAGAGGUCGACGCAUUCUUUAGACAGUUUCGCGACAUCUACGAAUCCAUGCUAACUCCGGAACUGUUUGACGUGAAAUCGUUAAACAUCACCGAGCUCAACAAGGGAUCCGCUAAUGCCUCAUUCGAAGGAUUAUUCGAGCAAAUCGAAACGCAGCACGGACCACUAGACGAAACAGCGUUCAACGGCUGCUACUGGACACAACACAUCUUGGACAGCAAUUUCUGCAGAUCGGGAACCUGGCCGGAACUCAACAAGCUCCUCAUAGACCAGUACGCGCUGCAGCGCGCCACAUUCAUCUAUAAGAAUCAUACCGGGAUCGAGCGGGGAGACUGGCUCGAUGAAGUUCCUAGUGACCUGUGGGCGAUCUUCGAACAUUUGAGCUAUUUGUCGGAUCGAUCAUUAGCGAAAGUCAAGGCUCGGGAGAACGAUCUAAAGCGGAUCUUUGGGCUGGACGACUGGCCACAUACCGUGAAUCUCAGUGGAGGAGAUGAACGUCUUUAUGAAAAAGGCAUCAAACUGAUUCCCGGCAUCCUGGAGGCGUACGAAGAGCUGUUCGUGGAUCGAUGCCGCGACCCCAUCACCAAGGAAGAAGCAAAGAUCUGGGCUGAACAUCGAGGAUUUGUGUUGGACGCCUUUCUGGCAUGGGAUCGACGAAAUUCUACUGGAAAGCCAUUUCCCUACGGCGAAGUCGACGCCUUUUUCCAAGAGUUUCGCGACAUUUACGACGUGAUGCCAAACCCGGAGUUGUUCGACGUGAAGUCGUUGAACAUCCCUGAACUCGACAUGGGUUCCGCUGAGGCUUCUUUUGAGGUGUUAUUCGACAAAAUGGAGGAUGAGAACUUCCACGGUCCAAUAAAUGCUACAGCAGUUUAUCGCUGCUACUGGAGACAACUUAUUUUUGACAACAACUUCGCCGCUACGGACAUCUGGCCGCAUCUCCAAAAAAUGGGACCCGAUGUGGGGCUGUUGUCUGCGGUCACUCACCUCUAUCAUAAUCACACAGGCAAAGAUCCGGAGGCAUUAAUGACCCCAGUGUAUGAGCUACAAAUGAUGACCAUGAUGCUUCUUCAGCGGAACAUGGCUCAUACAUUCGAGGGGCUA